AUGAGAGGGCGGCUCGCUGCGGAAAAGGCCGGCCUGAAAGCUUCGCUGGCGAAUGGCGCCAGGCCACCAGAGGUGGCAAAACGGUUAGCGUUGAGGCUGUACCAUCAGGAUGGAUUCAAGAGGAUGAGGUCGCCCUACUUGGAAAAGAACAAUGAUUUCAGUCGAAUGGUAGCUGAGGAAUACCUGCAGCUCUUCGACUUCACCGAGAUGUCUCUCGAUCAAGCGCUGAGGACGUUCCUGAUGGCUUUCGUCCUGACCGGAGAGACUCAGGAAAGGGAGCGAGUGCUCAGUCAUUUCUCCGGCCGUUUCCAGCGGUGCAACCCCGAUCUCUUCGACGACGGAGAUGCGGUCCACACCAUCACUUGUGCCCUGAUGCUUUUAAAUACAGAUCUUCACGGGCAGAAUCUCGGGAAAAGUAUGUCGAGUCAAGAUUUCGUAGCAAACUUGGAAGGAAUGAACAAUGGGAAGGAUUUUCCAAAAGACCUGCUGAAGGCCUUGUACCAAUCAAUCAAAACCAAAAAACUGGAAUGGGCAGUCGAUGAGGACGAGCUGCAGAAGACCAUAAUGCCCAAGAGCGAGGACCCCCUCGGCGUGACCCGAGUGACGGACAGAGGCAGCCCCUUCCUCGAAGUCCCGCCCGAUCAGAAAGCCACCACCUACAAGGAGGGAUUUCUCAGCCGCAAAGUCCACGCCGACAUCGAUGGCAAGAAAACGCCGUGGGGGAAGAGAAGCUGGAAAACUUUCUACGCUGUACUAAAGGGGACUGUCAUCUACCUCAUGAAGGAUGAGUACAGGCCUAGCAAGCAGGCCUCAGAGGAAGCGAUCAGCAUUCACCACUCCCUGGCCAGCAGGGCCGAGGAAUACCACAAGAGGCCCAAUGUUUUCCGGCUGAAGACUGCCGAUUGGCGAAUCUUCCUAUUCCAGGCCCAGAGCACCGAUCAGAUGAAUUCCUGGAUCACACGCAUCAAUCUAGUGGCUGCCAUGUUUUCCUCACCACCAUUCCCAGCCGCCAUCGGAUCCAAGAGGAAAUUUAGCCGCCCCAUCCUCCCAUCGGUCGCCUCGAAACAGUCACAGGAGGAGCAGCUGGAAUCCCAUGAUUCCAUGCUGCAGUCGAUAUUGGAUGACCUCGAUGACCAUCAGAUGACAUUCCCAGACAAGAAAUGGAAGACCAAAGAUUUUGAAGAGUACAAACUGAAGCAGGAGUACUUCGAGUAUGAGAAGUGCCGGAUCGAGACCUACGUGAACCUGCUGAGGGUGAAGCUGAACGAAGCGACGGAUGACCUGGAGAAGCUGGAGGUUCACCUGCUCGACUGCAUGGAAGGGAGCAGUGGCUCGCUGAAGAAGUCGCACUCCAGCCCUUCCCUCAACCUCGACCAGGCGCCCGUGGUCAAAGUGAAGAGGAACGUCUCCGAGCGAAGGACCUACCGCAAGAUUAUUCCGAGCCGGCACCGGAAGCUGCUAUGAAAACGCCAAUAUUUGGAGGUCCUUCUGUUGACGAAAGUAAUGACUUUAGUUGUUGUGGUUUUCGGGGGGAGGGGUGGGUUUGCAGAAAUUUUGCCUCUAACUGCUGCACCAGAGGGAGUGUUUGUGGUGAAAUUUCAGUGAGCAAUACAAGAGACGAGCUCUUUAUUUUUCUACCUUCGGACUUGAAGUUGCGUGGUUUUUCUUUUAAAAAGCCAUAUGCAUAAAUUAUGAUGCCUUUUGAAGCACUUUCCGCUUUUCGUUCCCUCCGAGGUAUCGUGCACUCCGGGUCCAAUAGCGCCUGGUCACGCUUCCCACGCCCGGCGCUGUGAAAUGCACUAUCCCUGGGACGCACUGCCAGAUCCAAACGGUGAAUGUUUUGGUGUUUGGGGCGGGGGGGGGGGCGCGGAGGGGGUUCGCAGGCAAAUGCUAUUGGUUCUCGAUCCAGCGGGAGAAGGGCCGGUUUCUCGGUCGCAGAAGGUGGCCGCCUCCCCCGCCCCGGGGCAUCCCCACGGGAACUGGGCUUCGGAGUGGGGGGAGGUGACGCGAUGGCGUCGCGGGGGGCACAGUGAAGGAAACCGGAGCAAUGAAUGCCCAGCAGGAGCUGAUGUGUUCCCUCGUCCUUGUUUCCCCGGGGGCCAGGCACGUCCGGCCAUUGUCAGGGGCCCCUGGAGAGCCGUGAGCAUUUGGUGGGCAAGAAGUGGGCAGGUGGUGCAUUUGGAGUUAGACCACCCCUUCCCAACCUCUUAUGCAACUCGGCCUGUGCGUGUGUGUUCCGUUUGCCCCCCCCCCAUCUUCUUUAGAAACAUUGACCCCUUUCUCUCCAAUCUCAGGGAGGCCCGAGAGAAUCAGGGGCACCGUUCGGUUGGGGGAGUUAGGAAAACACCGGGUCUGGGCACUUUGGAAGGCACCAGGCGAAUGAAGAGAGGAAACCAUACCACCCCCGCCCCCACCAACCAUUGCGGGUACAUUGGAAUGGAUGAGGGUGUUAUCGCAAACCGUGACCCCCCCACCCCGAUCUCAGAGCGAUGCUAGAUGUUCCUCUCUCAUUUGCUUCCAGACCCCGAUCGACUCCUGACUGUUUGAGGCCCGUGUCCCUGGCAUGCCAACCCAUUCCUCUGCCAGCCUCUGACCUCACUUCUCUGGGAACCUGUAACCUCCUCAACUCCUACGUCCCCUCUCACUCUUCCACCCCUAGCCUCCCACUCUUCCCCCCCCCCACCAACAACCCGAGCUCUGGAACACUGUCCACUCGGCCCCUCUCUCUCCCUUCCCCUCCCUUGCUGAGAAACUACCUCUCGGGGGGCCCUGCGGUGCGGGGAUUUGCUGAUCGUGAAGGAGCAUGGGCAGCGUCUCCCUUCUGUCGAUUUGGAUGUAAUUGGUCGCACUGCACCCAAGCGAGUGUCAAAUCUGUAGGAGCAGCGAAACCAAAACUCCACAAGCCAUUAUCUGCUCCUUCUAAUUACAGGGCCUCUGGCUCCAUGCCUGAUUUAGAGAUGCUUAUCACUGCUGUAGAAUCUGCUGGGGCCUGCAGUGUCCUAGAAUGGACUGCAGGAUCCGGGUGCUAGAUGUUUUGGCUGGCAGGUUAGCGACUCUCGGUUGCAAACCGGAUCUUCCAGCUUCCCAUCGCUCCCCGUUUAUAUCUCGGCAUAAAUCCGAAGCGAAGAACAACGUUGAAUCUGAUCGUUUCGGCUCUGACCAAAUGCAUCCUCGGAGAUACCCCUCCAAUUUUGGACCCCCUGUUUUAUUCAAUGGAAGCGCGCAAUGAAAUUCUCCUGGCUCCCGCACCCUUGGGGAAUUUACUUGUCCAGCGUGGGCGGGGAUUCCUGGAAUUCUGCGCACAACUCCACACCCCGCCCCCGAGAAAAUACAGCUUCAGUCUUUUCUUCAGAAAAAGGCAAUGAUCUUGUCAUAUCAAAUUGUGACCCCACAAUCCAGCUUAUUUAUUCUUCGAUUCAGUCAGGGAUUUUUUGUUAACAAAAAACACCUUUUGAGAAUAAUUGGUUACAUUGCUUGUAAAGAAAAAUGGUUGUGUCUUUUAUGUGCACUGUUUUAAACGAAAGUGUAAGGCUCUCCAUUUUGCUCGUCCUAAGAGAAAGGCAAUUUGUGUCCGAGAGUGCAGAGGGAUCUGGGCAUACAAAUCUCGGAAAGCUAAUUUUCAGGUAGUGAGGACGGCAGAUGGAAUUUUGGCAUUUGCUGCGAAAGGAAUGGAGUGUAAACGUAGGGAAGGGUUGCUCCAACUGGACGGGGCAUUAGCCAGACCACACCGGGAGCGCUGGGCAGCGUUUUGGCCCCCUUACUCGAUGGGAGAUGUCAUUACAUUGGGGGCAGUUCAGAGGAGGUUCACUUGAAUGAUUCCAGAGACGAGGGGGGGAUUUGUCUUACGAAGAGAGAUUGAGCAGGAUUAGGCCCGUGCUCUCUGGGAGCUCAGAAGAACGGGAGGAAAUCUAAUGAGAAGGUGCUAAAGGGUAUUGGCUAAGUAGAUGUGGAGGCGACGGCCCCUCAUGUGGGGCAAACUGGAUCGAGAUCGUUUUGGGAUUAGGGAUCGGGGAGGUUUCAAACAGAGACGAGGAGGGGAUUACUUCUCUCAACAGGAUCAUGAAUCUGUGCAAUCCGCUCCGUCCACCCGCCAUGGAAUGCGUUGGGUGGUGGGAUACUGAGUAAUUCCUCCUGCUCCUAUGAUGCUUGGCCUGCUGCGUUCGUACAGCUUCACACCUUGUUACCUCAGAUCCUCCAGCAUCUCUGGAAAGAUUUUUUAAUCGGUUGUGGGUGGAAGGGAGCGGACAGGAUGGGAGGGUGUAGAACGAUGAGCAGCCUCUGUGGGCUGAAUGGCCUCCCACCCCCCCCCAACCACCCACGGCACCCGCUAUUUUUUAACGCCUGUGCAAAGACGAGAGCCCAGAAAUGAGUAACGGCCGGCUGAUGCUGAGCGGGUGCCGGGUAAUGAAGGGCUCGCUGGACUCAAAGCGCCAACCACUAACUCUGUCUUCGCAGAUCCCGCUGAGCCUCCUCCAGCGUUUCGGCCCUUUCUCCUAUAAUUUCGAACUCUUUUGCAUCGGGGA